AUGAUCGAUGGACUCGACUCGAGCUGGGCACAACCCCGAGCGGCCGACCUGCUGUCCAGGGCCCUCGGGGACUCGACAGAUGCGGACGGAUUCAUGUUCCAGUCCUCGACGUCGUCUGCCAUCAACAAUGAGAUGCGAUUCGCCGCUGAGCGUUCGCUUCGCACGUCCUUCAUUGCCCUCGCAAGCGUCAACGUCGUGGCCGCUGCGGCGACGGCGGUGGGCAUAUUCUUCGAUUGCUACCUCCAGGCAAGGAGGAAAGACCCAGGCUUCAGUCUCAAGUCGUCAUUGCUCACCAUCAUUGGGCCCAAAGAGACCUUUCCCUACAUCCUGUCCCUGGGCAUCGCUAUCCAGGGCAUCAUCUUUGCCGCGGCUCAGUCUCUCGGACUUGGAGCCAUUCUGACUCUGGGAUGCACGGAGACCUCUCAGAUGAUGCUUCCAGCCCUCUUCAUCGUGCCGUAUAUUCAGCUCGUCUUUGGCUUGGAGACGGCCAUCCGAGCCCUCGCACGCCAGCCGUUUCCCCGCAGUCCAAGAUGGACUCUUCCGGUCUGCCUCGUGGUUGUGCUUGUCGCCUUAAUUGCGACCUAUGCCGUCACACGUGCUGCAGUCCCGCCCAACUUCUGCUUCGCCGAGCUCUUGUGGCUGGUGCAGCGAUGGGCCCUGGGAUCCUUUGCCUUUCUCACCUUGCUCGCCGGCAUCAUGCUCAUCGGCAGCCUCAUCAUCUGCAUUCGGCUGUUCAAGUCUUCGGGCAUUUCCGAGGCGCAGAGGACCACGGCGUCGUGGACGACGUGCUACAUGCUCCUCGCGCUUGUCACCACGGUGAUGAUGGUUCCCUUCUUCUGGAGCCUGUACGCCGAUGACACGGGCAGGAUCACGCGCCACCAAACGCGGUUGUCUAUGGCGGCCACCAUCGUCGUGAACCUGUCUGGUCUCUUGACCGGGGGUCUCUACGUCCUACUUCGCUUCACCAAGCUGGGAAAGCUCGGCCGGGGGGGCUACUUGGAAUUCGACAGGCAAAAGCCCGCCAUGGGAGAACGCUCAUCGACUCCGGGCAGCUCCAUCUACACUAAGCAGCUGGAGCAGCCUGUAUCGCCUGUGCGGCUGGAGCAGAUGAGGCGCGACCUCGAGACGGGCGACGGAGCGAGGAGCGAGAAGAUGUCGGCCUGGCCGACAGCAUUCGCCGCCCAGGCGGCUCGACCGCAAACCCCCGGCGUCACCAUGCCGAUUCCUCAGAUCAUGUCGCCUGAGAUGGCCUUUAUGGCUGGUACUCUACCGGGCCAAAACCCUGGCCUCCGCCAAGACUCGUACAACCUCUUCCCAUCCAGACAAGGGGCGCCUGACACCAAGUCGUCGUAUCUCCUCCCCGCCGUUGCACAUAACCCAGACGCCUUGUCGGCCGACGAGCUAUUGCCGCCCGCAGCAGCCUGGACGGCGCGACACGAGCGCAAGUCGUCGCUGGCAUCGUCGGCGACGGUGCAGAUUGCGCUGAGGGUGUCCAACAUCAACGACAUGCCACCGGUUACCUCGUCAUACCAAGAACCCCUCGACUCGGACGGCCGCAACUAUCGGGGCGACCUGGGCCUGGCAAUCUCGACGGAUCCUUUUGCCGACGACGCUUCACAGUAUUCGGCUUCCAUGUACGUGGACGAUGACCUCUUCGACUUUGGCGAGGCCUUGGCUCAGCAGCCACCACUCCCAACGGCCACGGACAAGACCACAUCGGACGAUGAGAUCACGCUGAGUCCGACCGUUUACGACCCGGAUCAACCAGCGACCAAGCCACGCAAGGCUGCGUCGGGUCAAUGGUUCUGA